CGGAUAUAAAGCUCUCAGUCACUACAUGUAGUGAUUUUAGUGUCUGCGGAUAUAAAGCUUUCAGUCACUACAUGUAGUGAUUUUAGUGUCUGCGGAUAUAAAGCUCUCCGUCACUACAUGUAGUGAUUUUAGUGUCAGCGGAUACAAAACUCUCAGUCACUACAUGUAGCGAUUGUAGUGUCAGCGGAUACAAAGCUCUCAGUCACUACAUGUAGCGAUUGUAGUGUGUGCGGAUACAAAGCUCUCAGUCACUACAUGUAGCGAUUGUAGUGUCUGCGGAUAUAAAGCUCUCAGUCACUACAUGUAGCAAUUGUAGUGUCAGCGGAUAUAAAGCUCUCAGUCACUACAUGUAGCGAUUUUAGUGUCUGCGGAUAUAAAGCUUUCAGUCACUACAUGUAGCGAUUGUAGUGUCUGCGGAUAUAAAGCUCUCAGUCACUACAUGUAGCGAUUGUAGUGUCUGCGGAUAUAAAGCUCUCAGUCACUACAUGUAGCGAUUGUAGUGUCUGCGGAUAUAAAGCUCCCAGUCACUACAUGUAGCGAUUGUAGUGUCUGCGGAUAUAAAGCUCCCAGUCACUACAUGUAGCGAUUUUAGUGUCUGCGGAUAUAAAGCUCCCAGUCACUACAUGUAGCGAUUUUAGUGUCUGCAGAUAUAAAGCUCCCAGUCACUACAUGUAGCUAUUUAUAUAAAGCUCUCAGUCACUACAUGUAGCGAUUGUAGUGUCUGCGGAUAUAAAGCUUUCAGUCAUUACAUGUAGCGAAUUUAGUGUCUGCGGAUAUAAAGCUUUCAGUCACUACAUGUAGCGAUUGUAGUGUCUGCGGAUAUAAAGCUCUCAGUCACUACAUAUAGAGGUCAUUACAGCCGAUCACUGUAUCGCUGUCGGUGUCACCGGGCGAGCUCGGUACAGUCUGUGUUUAUCACUGUGGCUCUCCGCCCUCGGUGCUGCUUCCGGCUCCGCCCCGGACACUCAGGGAGUCCCGGGAGAGGGGGUCGGUAUGAGGAGAUCCCGGGGAGCACGGUCAUCGCCAUGAAGAAUCCGGGGCAGCCCGAGGGGGGCAAGGGAGCUGUGCAACCCCCCAGCAACCAGGACAACGAUAACCGUGUGUAUUCAUGUAAGGCCCGCGUUACCGGGACACAGACAGCGCCCUGCACUGCCUGCAUAGCGGAUACAGCCACCGGGUGUAUGCCAAUAAACACAGAAUGGCACACUUACCGGCAUGCUGCCCAUCACACUGACAUUAUAUAGUGCAGGCCAGGAAUAAUGACAAUACAUAACCAGACAGCAUUCAUUGCCAUAGAGCGAAUAAGCUUCAUUAUGUAUCAACAUAAGCAUGUUUCGAUAUAGAGCCUGCUUCUAUAUGUAUGGUUAGUAUAUAGUGCUUGUCUGUACAGAGCCUGCUUCUAUAUGUACUGUUAGUACAGAGCCUUCUUCUAUAUGUACUGUUAGUAUAGAGCCUGCUUCUAUAUGUACUGUUAGUACAGAGCCUGUUUCUAUAUGUAUGGUUAGUAUAUAGUGCUUGUCUGUACAGAGCCUUCUUCUAUAUAUACUGUUAGUAUAGAGCCUUCUUCUAUAUAUACUGUUAGUAUAGAGCCUGCUUCUAAAUGUACUGUUAGUAUAGAGCCUGGUUCUAUAUGUACUGUUAGUACAGAGCCUGUUUCUAUAUAUGCUGUUAGUAUAGAGCCUGCUUCUAUAUGUAUGGUUAGUAUAUAGUGCUUGUCUGUACAGAGCCUUCUUCUAUAUAUACUGUUAGUAUAGAGCCUGCUUCUAAAUGUACUGUUAGUAUAGAGCCUGCUUCUGUAUGUAUGGUUAGUAUAUAGUGCUUGUCUGUACAGAGCCUGCUUCUAUAUAUACUGUUAGUAUAGAGCCUGCUUCUAAAUGUACUGUUAGUAUAGAGCCUGCUUCUAAAUGUACUGUUAGUAUAGAGCCUGCUUCUGUAUGUAUGGUUAGUAUAUAGUGCUUGUCUGUACAGAGCCUGCUUCUAUAUAUACUGUUAGUAUAGAGCCUGUUUCUAUAUAUGAUGUUAGUAUAGAGCCUGGUUCUAUAUGUACUGUUAGUACAGAGCCUGCUUCUAUAUGUACUGUUAGUACAGAGCCUGUUUGUAUAUGUACUGUUAGUACAGAACCUGCUUCUAUAUGUUCUGUUAGUACAGAGCCUGUUUCUCUAUGUACUGUUAGUAUAGAGCCUGUUUCUAUAUGUACUGUUAGUACAGAGCCUGUUUGUAUAUGUACUGUUAGUACAGAACCUGCUUCUAUAUGUUCUGUUAGUACAGAGCCUGCUUCUAUAUGUACUGUUAGUAUAGAGCCUGUUUCUAUAUGUACUGUUAGUACAGAGCCUGCUUCUAUAUGUUCUGUUAGUACAGAGCCUGCUUCUAUAUGUUCUGUUAGUACAGAGCCUGCUUCUAUAUGUUCUGUUAGUACAGAGCCUGCUUCUAUAUGUUGUUAGUAUAGAGCCUGUUUCUAUAUAUGCUAUUAGUAUAGAACCUGCUUCUAUAUGUACUGUUAGUAUAGAGCCUGUUUCUAUAUGUACUGUUAGUAUAGAGCUUGCUUCUAUAUGUACUGUUAGUAUAGAGCCUGCUUCUAUGUGUACUGUUAGUAUAGAGCCUGUUUCUGUGUGUACUGUUAGUAUAGAGCCUGUUUCUAUAUGUACUGUUAGUACAGAGCCUGCUUCUAUAUGUACUGUUAGUACAGAGCCUGUUUCUAUAUGUACUGUUAGUAUAGAGCCUGCUUCUAUAUGUACUUUUAGUAUAGAGCCUGCUUCUAUAUGUACUGUUAGUAUAGAGCCUGUUUCUGUGUGUACUGUUAGUAUAGAGCCUGUUUCUAUAUAUACUGUUAGUACAGAGCCUGUUUCUAUAUGUACUGUUAGUACAGAGCCUGCUUCUAUAUGUUCUGUUAGUACAGAGCCCGUUUCUAUAUGUUCUGUUAGUACAGAGCCUGCUUCUAUAUGUAAUGUUAGUAUAGAGCCUGCUUCUAUAUGUAAUGUUAGUAUAGAGCCUGCUUCUAUAUGUAUGGUUAGUAUAUAGUGCUUGUCUGUACAGAGCCUGUUUCUAUAUAUACUGUUAGUAUAGAGCCUGCUUCUAUAUGUACUGUUAGUACAGAGCCUGCUUCUAUAUGUACUGUUAGUACAGAGCCUGUUUGUAUAUGUACUGUUAGUACAGAACCUGCUUCUAUAUGUUCUGUUAGUAUAGAGCCUGCUUCUAUAUGUACUGUUAGUAUAGAGCCUGCUUCUAUAUGUUCUGUUAGUACAGAGCCUGCUUCUAUAUGUUGUUAGUAUAGAGCCUGUUUCUAUAUAUGCUAUUAGUAUAGAACCUGCUUCUAUAUGUACUGUUAGUAUAGAGCCUGCUUCUAUAUGUACUGUUAGUAUAGAGCCUGUUUCUGUGUGUACUGUUAGUAUAGAGCAUGUUUCUAUAUGUACUGUUAGUAUAGAGCUUGUUUCUAUAUGUACUGUUAGUACAGAGCCUGUUUCUAUAUGUACUGUUAGUAUAGAGCCUGCUUCUAUAUGUACUUUUAGUAUAGAGCCUGCUUCUAUAUGUACUGUUAGUAUAGAGCCUGUUUCUGUGUGUACUGUUAGUAUAGAGCCUGCCUGUAUAGAGCAUGUUUCUUUAUGUACUGUUAGUAUAGAGCCUGUUUCUAUAUAUAUAUAUACUGUUAGUACAGAGCCUGUUUCUAUAUGUACUGUUAGUACAGAGCCUGCUUCUAUAUGUUCUGUUAGUAUAGAGCCUGUUUCUAUAUAUGCUAUUAGUAUAGAGCCUGCUUCUAAAUGUACUGUUAGUAUAGAGCCUGUUUCUAUAUGUACUGUUAGUAUAGAGCCUGCUUCUAUAUGUACUUUUAGUAUAGAGCCUGCUUCUAUAUGUACUUUUUGAAUAGAGCCUGUUUCUAUAUGUACUGUUAGUAUAGAGCCUGCUUCUAUAUGUACUUUUUGAAUAGAGCCUGCUUCUAUAUGUACUUUUUGAAUAGAGCCUGCUUCUAUAUGUACUGUUAGUAUAGAGCCUGUUUCUAUAUGUACUGUUAGUAUAGAGCCUGUUUCUAUAUGUUCUGUUAAUAUAGAGCCUGUUUCUAUAUGUACUGUUAGAGUAGAGUCUGUCUGUAUAGAGCAUGUUUCUAUAUCCAGUUUAAUAAAAGUUACCCCAUACACCAUUUUUAUCCUUUGAUAAUGUUGUGUCAUAGCACAGUUUGUGAUGGACCGUGCCCUCAUAAGUGUCAUUAUAGCACUAUUAAUCACUAAUUGUGGUGCAAAUGGUAGGUGUUAGUGGGGGUACAGCAGGUAUCCCUGUCUAGGAGGUCAGUGUGUGUAGCAGAACCGUUUUUUGUUUUACAGCAAUGUUUCAAUUGUGAAUGGUAUACUCUUUUAUUAUUUGUAGGUGGACCUCUUAUACCUGGAUCUGCAUCUCCACUCUCUUGGGUUAUUUUUAUAAUUGACAUACAUUUGUGUAACUCAUAUCAAUAGAAUCUGUUAGUGUACUUUCUCAACCUGAUUUCUACCGUGAUGUCUUAAUACAGUGCUUGAAGUUAUGUUGGGUUGAAGAAGAAGUGCCUAAACUUUCUAAAGGGGAAAAGUACUUGACCAGGAAUCUUAAAGUACAUCUAUUAUGCCCACCUCAAAGAAGGUCUCCUGACAAAACAGUGGAAUUGCAUGUUGUCCCUGAAAAUAACCAAACUGGAAAAAGAAUUUCAAAAGCAUCUACUUCAGCCUACAUUUAGCAGUGCCAUUGUCAAUUCUCUAGAGUUCCCAGUUUAGUUACACUUUAGUUCGACCAUCUCAAGACAAAAUAUGUCAAAACUAUCUUAUUCAUUCUCUUAUGUAACCUCCAUGAACAGGCAUUAUGACUAUACCUUCUAGAAAAUCCACCCCAGGGUAAAUACUUAGUAUGUUACUAGAAUGUAGGUUAGCUUUUACAUUGUAAGGAAGAACAAAGAUAAGUUACUCUGCGAGAAAGAAAUUGCACUCCAGGUCAGUUCAUUUCAUAUCAUACUUGGCCUUAGACGCACAGUGCACCAGUAAAGAAGCAACAGCUUUAAGGUAACCCGUAGGGGGAAAAGUUCACAAUAUAAUAUAAUAUAAAACAACACAGUAAAGAAGCUGGUUCCAUCAGGGUUGUGUUAUAAUAAUAAAAAUAAAAGCUUUUCUACUAAUAUUGAUGUAUGCAAUUUAAGAGAGCUCAAAUUGAUGCUUUGGCCUUGAGCCUUUUUGACACUAUCUUUUGCCAGAAAAAAUAUGACACAAUGUACAUUUUUGUUGUUGUUUUCAUACGUGUUUGUCAAUCAUAUAGCCGAGCUAAGUACACAUUCUCUCCUGUGCUAGUCUUGUAAAUGGCAACCCCCCCCCCCAAUAAACAGGCAUUAAGAUUGUACAAGCGGAAUAAUUAAUUUAAUAACUUAUAUAGAGCCACAUUAGUAAAUAUUCAAGUGACACUUGAAGUUUUGUACAGGAAGUUGUAAGUUGUACCCAAUUCUUGAUGGUCUUUUGCAGGUGAUCACGUCCAGUUAAAGGUCCCUCUCAUCCAGCAAUCAUUUCACUGGGAUUGUGGUCUAGCAUGUGCCCGCAUGGUACUACAGUGAGUAAUCUCUUUACUUUGAAAAGGGUAGUUAAAGUCGGUGCUAAACAAGUAGUCUGUGUAGAAACUUUAUACCUCAACGCAUAUAGGAGUUGUCACUUAUUGUAGUGUGUUUGUACCACUGCUGGUGAUGUGAAAAAAUUACUCGAGUAGACCUGUUCCAUUACAUAAUAUAAGUAGGUGGUGUCACUUCUGUUCUUUUUAUGUAUUGAUAUGUUGAGUCCAUAUAUCAUGAACUACAUCUCCUUGGCCUCACCAUGUACUUUGUAAUAAAGGUACCUGAAACUCCUGCGUGAGGAAGACUUUCAGAAUGCUAUACAGAAGUUGCACCUCACUAAGAGCAUAUGGACUAUUGACCUGGCCUACCUUAUGCACCACUUUGGGGUCCAGCAUCGUUUCUGCACACAGACACUUGGUGUAGAUAAAGGAUACAAGAAUCAGGUUAGUACCACUCCUCAGUGGCAUUUACUUUAUCGGAAUUGGGCUGUUGACAUUUUAAUUUCAUUUCCCAAAGUCCAACCCUAUAUAUUCAUAGAGUGGCAUUCUCUAAACAUUUUUCCAUCUGUGCCUCCAGAUCAGGGUGGACAGUUCCCAACGUAUUAAUAAUCAUGAAGAAAGUUAGACCAGGCACAUACAGAUGGUGUUAAGGCAUAUUUAUUUUAAAACCAUACCUUUUGACUCCACGGGAACCUUUUAUCAAAGUCCAACCAUUCAACUUGUUCUCUGUAGGCGGGUUUAUUAUCAGCUAAGCACUUACAUGGUUCCAGGCACUGUUCAGUGAAUUAAAAAGUUCACAUCCAAUGUGACACUUAGGCGUACAUACCAGAAGGAAAAAGAGGGUUGCACUCACUCAAAUAAAUCACAGGGUGCUGACUGAGUAUUGGUCAGCAUACCCCUUAAACAGAUAUCAAAAGGAAAAAAAUCUCAGGCACUCACUGUGAUAAUUCCAGGCAGAUUUAAUGGACACAGCAACGUUUCGACAUGUUCCCAGGUCUUUAUCAAGCUGACUUAGGCAUACAUAGGCUGAAGAAUAAAGGAGCAUGAAGAGCCUAUAGUUUAGAACAUUAUAAUUUAAUAUCAUUCAAAAGUAAAAUUCAAAGUCCUUUGGUUCACUGCCAUGUAGUAUUUGGCAAUAACUGACUAAUGUCUUUUUUCAGUCCUUCUACAGGAAACAUUUUGAUGCAGAGGAGAACAGAGUAAAUCAACUAUUUGCCCAAGCCAAAUCUCGCGGAGUGCAUGUGGAGAAAUGGUACUUUCAUCUUUUUUUUAUUUUUUUAUUAUUGGUUCAUCCAGACUAAAACAAACAUUGACUUGCUUAAAUUAUUAUAAAUCUAGUCAAGCACCAGCUUACUAGGAAUUCCUGACACUUCGUACAUUAUUAGUAAUUAAGAUUGAGAAAAAAUAUAUAUAUCUUUUUAUAUUUAUAUAUAUAUAUAUAUAUAUAUAUAUAUAUAUAUAUAUAUAUAUAUAUAUAUAUAUAUAUAUAUAUAUAUAUAUAUAUAUAUAUAUAUAUAAUUGUUGCAAUUCUUUCUUAGUUCUUAUAUACACUAUAUGGACAAAAGUAUUGUGAUACUACACCAACAGGGACUUAUAUGAAAUUGCAUUCUAACUACAUAGACAUUACUAUGUAGUCGGUUCCCCUUUGUAGAUAUAAUAGCUUCCACUCUUCUGGGAAUGUGUUCCACAAAAUUUUGUGGGAAUUUUUACUAAUUCAUCCAGUAGAGCAAUUGUGAGGUCAGGCACUGAUGUAAGACGAAGAGGCCUGGCUUGCAGUCUCUAUUAAAGUUCAUCCCAAAGGUAUUCAAUAAUGUUAAGGUCAUGGCUUUAUCCAGGCCAGUCAAUGUCUUCCACACCAAACUCAUCCAGCCAUAUCUUUAUGGACCUUGCUUUGUACACCCGAGGGCAAAGUCAUCCUGGGAUACAAAAGGCCCUUUCUCAAAAUGGUCCCCACAACGUUGAAAGCAUAGCAUUGUCCAAAAUGUCUGGAAGAGCCCUAGCCCUACCCUUGAAAAACAGCCACGUACAUUAUCCCUCCACCAAAUUUUACAGUUGGCACAAUGCAGUCAGGCAGGUAUCGGCCAAAUUCAGUUGCCAGUCAGGCUGCCAAACAGAGAAGCAUGAUUCAUCACUCCACAUAACACGUUUCCACUGCUCCAGCGUCCAGUGACAGCAUGCUUUACACCACUCGAUCCGACACUUGGCGUUGUGCUUGGUUAUAUGAGAUUUGCAUGCUGCUUCUCAGCUAUGAAAACUCAUUUCAUGAAGCUUUCACCAGACCGUUUUUGUGCAGAUAUUAAUGUCAGUGGAAGUUUGGCACUCUUCAGCUAUGGAAUCAGCAGAGCAUUGGCAACCUUUACACACCAUGACUUUACAUGGUCUUCUGCUUCAGAGUUGAGUUGCUGCUGUUUCUAAAUGCUUCCACUUUAUAACAAUACCACUUGCAUUUGAAGGUGGAAUAACUAGCUGGGGUUGACAUUACACAAGCUGACUUCUUACAAAGGCGGCAUCGUAUCACAGUACCAGCUUGAAUUCACUGGAGUUAUUCAGAACCCAUUUUUUUCACAAAUGUUUGUAAAUGCAGACUGCAUGGUUAGGUGCUUGAUUUUAUACACCUGUGGCAAUGCAUCUGAUUGAAACACCUGAAUUCAGUAAUUAAGAGGUGUGUCCCAAUACUUCUGUCCAUAUAGGCGAUUUGUGGGAAACAUUCCACUGAGGGUGUUUCUGAGCUUUUUAACGCAGCUUUACACAAGAGUAAUUGAUAGAGAAGUAUCUGGUUACACUUGGAUCAUGACUGGUUGUAUAAUAUUGUGCAGUGCAUUUGCAACUAUUUUUUCCUUUUGCAGCACUGUGACCAUACAGGACUUGCAGGAUCACCUUUCCCAGGGACAUGUAGCCAUUGUACUAGUGAAUGCGGUGGUGCUGCUCUGUGACUUGUGCCCCAGCCGUGUCAAGUACUGCUGUUUCCUUCCUAUAGGGCAGAAAUGCUUCUGUAGAAGCAGUGACUACCAGGGACAUUUCAUUGUUUUAUGUGGAUAUAACAAAAGCUCUGGUAGCUUGUUCUACAACAACCCAGGAUAUGCAGAUAGUAAGUAUUGGCUACACAAUAUGCUCUUGUACAUGGCUGUUUUUUUGUUUUGUCUAACUCUAAUGUAUCUUGUUAGGGCUGUGUCGUACAAGUGUGACAAAUUUUGAGGAAUCUCGCAGGAGCUAUGGCACUGAUGAGGACAUCUUGUUCAUCUAUGUGGCAAGUUGACCUCUUACUUGUGCCCAUAAUGGGGCGCAUGCUUUCUCAGGAUGAAGAUACUUACUGAGCAGAACCUUCUCUGCAUUCCUUGGUAUUUUAAAGACAUUUCAUUGGAGACAUUUAAUUCGACACAAAACUCUGUGAAGCAGAAUUGCACUCUAAUCACACCUCCACCAAAUAUAUGUACUAUUUAAAACAAACAAUAUUAUUUUGGGGUGGAUAGUGUAGGAUGGCAGUACUUACAUAAGUAUGGCAUAGUUUGUAUAUUUGCACAGUAAGCUCAGAUUGUCUCAUUGUUCUUCUGGUUUAACCUAAUUUAAGAUAAGAUUGCUUUAUUGACAGUCACUGUCGAGCUCCCUCAGCCAUUGUAGUUCCAGUGGAAGCCAUUUUUAAUGGACCUCCUGCAACCUAGGGUUUGAGGGCAUUGACUCUUAUGAGAUAAUAAUUGAUAACUUAAGGAAUCAAAAUAAACCUGUAUGCAUUUAAGUGAUUAUUUCAUUAGUCAGAAGUAUUUACUUUUUUUUUUUUUUUUUAACAGAAACUUCAGGUUUUGUGAAGUAGAUCUGGAAACACACAGGGUAUUUAAAGGACAUUUUAGAAGGUGAUACACCAAAUUAAAUACAGUUAAUUAACUAGCCCUCAAGUGACUAUCUUGUUUAAUCAUAUUUAAUGAGGCUUAAUUAUGUAUUAAAUUAUUGCUUCAGCCUGUGCAACCACCAAAUCUGUGGUCAGUCUAUUGAAUCCUACCAUGACCGCUGCACUUGAGUACAAGAAUUGCUUUUGUCUGCCCAACACACUAAAUGCAUUAGUCUUGGCUACUGUUUAGCGAGCUAGAGUUAAACUGAGAACACGCUGACCUAUUACUCAAAGCACAGCCAGUCAGUUAUAGCACCUACCAUGAGUCCACAGGCAUGCAAAGCAACACUGUGGGGGGGAAGGAGACUUCCUUUUCUGAUGCAACCAAACCACAAAACUUCACUAGUCCAUUUAUAAUAAAAUAUUUUAUAUAUCAUGCUAUGUUUCAUGUUCUUAUUAUACUUUUAUAGUAAUGUAUUAUCGAGGAAAAGAAAAAUCUUUCAAGACCUUUGUGCUGUCAUUGAUAAGGAAGUAAUUCGGAUCUUUUAAAGUACAGGAGUUUGUGCAUGGAUAUACAAGACCUUUUAAGUAUUGAUGGGACAAUCCCACUGUCGUACAUUUCCAACUGGCUCAGAUGCAGUUUAACACUAAUACUAAAAAGAGGACAUCUGCAAUGCUAUCACUGAAAGAUGGUAUUAUUGGUCAUUCACCAGUUAUCAAAGACAACAAAUCGUCAAUUAACUUGAACAUGUGCAUUUUAAAUGGUAUCUGCCAUGGUACCUAAACCAUAAACACGUCUGAAAGAGCAUAACAUUUCAUCUAUACAGUGUGCUAGUAUAUUUGUGAGCAAAUGUAUAGAUUGGGAGAAAAACAUUUUAAAAUUAGGUCUUUCUUCAAUCAAUUCUUAGAGUCUAUGCUGAAGAGCUGACUGACAAGGGAGAGCAGUAGAGACCUACUAUAGGCAGUCCUUGCGCUUCACACAGCGCUUGCAUUGCAGUUACUAAACUCUCUAGCUGACGCUGGUAGCACCGGCUGGGGAAUAUAGAAACAUAGUAACUGACAUCAAUCAUUCGGAUGCUGGCAACAUUACCAGCAUUACAGAGGAAGUGUGCCCUGCAUGGGAAAGUGGUUCCAGGCAGGGCAAAUUGAUGGAGAGACCAAGUAAGUGAAUAUCUCUAAACUUUACAACUUUACAUCUGCUUUGUGCUAUAUGUAUUUAAAAAUAUAAUUUACACUGUACAUCUUGCAGCCCUGGCAAAGCGCAUAGCCUGAAAAUAAAUUUAGCCUUUGUGGUGGUGUAUAAUGGCAUGGUACAUAUUUGUAGAUGCAAGGGACAAUAACAUUGCCCUGAAGAUGAAAGCACAGUACAGAAAAUUUGUUUUCUUUCUAUUGCACUACUGCAGUUAGUGCUUCAGUGGCUGUCAAAGGAUUGGCAAUUUUGCUUUUUGUGCUGUAGUGUCACGAUGCUGAAGACUCUUUAAAAGAUCGUAAAAGGGAAAAAAUAAGUUCUACUCCGCUUACAGCAAAUAAUUAAAAAUCAAUUACAGAAUUAACACCUUAAUUUAGAUCUUGAAAAAGCUGUGCAAGGAAUGAAAAAUUUGUACAGACUGUGCAUUAAAGAGGAACGCUCUAGUUACCAUAACUACUACAGCUCACUGGACCAUACAAUUUGGCAAAAAAACAAAAUACUCAUGAUUCUUGCAUCAGGUAAAUUUACACAUUAGCUUGUAUAAUUUUGGUUCGGAAUACUAGGCUAAGAGUUCUGGGUCAACCCUACCCACAUGCUCUCAUUGAUGUCAGAAGUGGAAAGGUUCAUUUAAAAGUCCACCUGCGCAUUAGCAAGUUUCACCAAAGGGGCUUGGCUGUGGGCGCUGGGAGGGCCUUGAUUUUUUAUGAAACUGUUCAAAUACAAACGGUCUGAUGCAAACCCUGGCAUUCUUUCUUUUAAGGCAGGAUCAUGUCAUGCGGCUAGAUCUAUGUUAAUGACAAAAUAAACUUUAUCUAGUCUGCUUCUAUAUAGCUCGCUCUAUCUAAAUUUCUUUUCCUAAGCUCUCUAAUUUUCAUAAAAUACAUAAGGAAAAAUAGGAACUAAUUUUUUUUCUUAUGUAUAGCUGUUAAAAUGACAAAAAUUGACCAUGUGAAGCUUAAACAAUGUUCUAUUUCAGUUGCCAGUCAAAGUUACCCAAAAUCCAUUAGUAAAAUCGGUCCCACAGAAGGGCAAUCAGGACAAAUCAUGGGCAAAGGAGAAGAAUAUGGCUGCAUCCGGUAAAAGACAAGUGUCAUGAGGUUUAGUAGAAGUAUUAAGAUACAGGGGACAGAAGGAUAGAAAAGCCAAAAUAAGUAUUAUGACAGGGUCACUUUUUUUUUUUUCAAUCUUGAAUUUUUGGUCGAAAAUAGCACAACAAAGUGAUACUCAUUACAGAACACCACUAUCACAUGGUACAGCAACGAAGAAUUAAACAAUAUAUGACAUCAAUUGGUGCGACUCAUCCGAGUUAAACAGAAUAACAUCAUGUCACCUACGUCCUACGUCAGUCUGCAAGGUCACUGGAGAACCAGGGUUCCCAUAUUUUCUCAAACUUCUGUACCAUGUUUCUCACCUGCGCUGUCAGUUUAUUCAUCAGACAAUUGUCCUUAACUUUAUCUAGGACUUGAGAUGGAGGGAACAGUGGGCUGCAGCCAAAUCUGGGCAAUCGCCCAUCUGGUCGACAAGGUGGCUUUCUGUAUCAAAGUUUGUUCUAUUCGAGUCCACCCAUCCAAUGACCUAUUCAGGAGGCGCUCCCAUGGGGUUAAGUCCGGUUGUCUGUUAAAAAGUUUUUCCAGAACAUCGCCUACCAGAGUAGCCUAAUCUGGGUGCAUUCCCACCACAUAUGUAGGUAUGUGCCUGUGAGACCGCAUCCCCUCCAGCACAUGCUGGUACAUGCAUGACAGGGUCACUUUAAGGCUCCAUUGAUCUUAAGGCAUUGUGUCAGUUCCAUUAAUCUUGAGGCAUUGUGCCAGUUUAGCCUCCCUGCCAAUUUACCAUUUCUCAUAAGAUUUAUUCCCAAUUACACUACCAUACAUGAUCAGAAAAAUGUAGUAAUAUUCAAGCAGUAAACUACGUGAAUUUGUCACAUGACAAAAUCUUGACCAGACGUGACAAGAUCCUUCACUAACUAACUUAUGAUGUAACUUACUUUUAAAGUUUGUAUCUCCUGCUCUGUAAAUUUAACUUAAAUUACAUACAAGAGGCUCCUGCAUGGUCUAGCAAGCUAUUACCAGAUCAGGAGAUAAGAAAUUCUAAAUUAAACAGGAUUUACAAUAAUGUGUAAACAGAUGACUAUUAAAAGGAAGUGUUUUGGAAGGUGGUCUAAAUCACAUGCAGGGAGGUGUGACUAGGGCUGCAUAAAAGUGAUUUAACUUACAUGGCAGAGAAUUGAGCAGUGAGAUUGCAGGGGCAUGAUCUAUACACCAAAACUGCUUAAUUAAGCAAAAGUUGUUUUGGUGACUAUAGUGUCCCUUUAAACGAAUAUGAACUUGUUUUAUUUGCAUUAUUUUAAGUCUGUAAACACAGCAUAUUUUCUGCAAAUAAAUGCUCAAAAUUAUGAUGUUUUUUUAUUAGGAAUUUUGGAGAAAUGUCAAUUGUUCAUAGAAUAGAACAAAAGUGUUAAUUACAUACCCAUAAACAGUAAGAAAAACUGAUUCAUUUACAGUGGUCUGUUUUUUAUAGCUG